CAAGCCACAAACCAAAGAAAGAACACGCUGGGCAACAUUAAACAGAGCUACUUCUGUUUUUCUGAUAAGACAGCAGAUUUGAAGUGAUUCCUACAAUUUGGCUCUACUUUGAAAGAUUCUAGAUGGCUUCAACCAAUUCUUCAGAAUGCAAUAUUUAUUCUCAGAUGCAGCCAUUCACUUAUAUUUAUUAUUUGAUUUUUCUUAUUGGGUUCAUCGGCAGCUGUUUUGCCCUCUGGACCUUCCUGAAGACCAAGAAGCAUCGCAAAUGCAUAAAUGUUUACUUAAUUAACCUACUGACCGCAGAUUUUUUGCUGACCCUUGCCCUGCCAGUGAAAAUAAUUGUAGAUUUAGGAAUUGCCCCAUGGAAACUGAAAAUAUUCCACUGUCAAGUCACAGCAUGCCUGAUCUACAUUAAUAUGUACUUAUCAAUCAUAUUCUUGGGAUUUUUAAGCAUGGACCGAUGUCUCCAAUUAACAAAGGGAUACAUGAUCUAUAGGAUUCAGGAACCUGGUUUUGCCAAGAUGAUUUCAGCAGUGGUAUGGGUAAUGGUUCUCUUCAUAAUGGUACCAAAUAUGAUUAUUCCAAUCACAGAGGUUGAAGAAUCACCAAAUGUGGGAUGCAUUGAUUUCAAAACAAAACUGGGAAGAGACUGGCACGUGUUCACCAAUUUCAUAUGUACUGCAAUAUUUCUGUAUUUUUCAGCUAUGGUGCUCAUCUCUAAUUUUCUUGUGAUCAGAUUACUUUUUCAAAACAAAGGCACGGAAGGCUAUCUCAAUGUAAAAAAAGCUCUGGUAAACAUCCUUUUAGUUACCGCAAGCUACAUCAUAUGUUUUCUUCCUUACCAUAUUGUUCGAAUCCCAUAUACGCUAAGCCAAAGCAAAGCUCUAAUCACAGACUGUUUUCUCAGAGAAUCUCUCUACAAAGCAAAAGAAUCCACUUUGCUUUUUGGUGUAUCAAAUCUGUGCUUUGAUCCCAUUUUGUAUUUUUAUUUUUCAAAAACAUUUAGACUAACAGUGACUAAAAGUUUUGCAUCCUUUAAAGGUAGACACGUUUCUCUAGAUGAUCAAGAAAUGCAUGGAGAGAAAACACCACACUUUCAGGUUACAGCUGAGACUGCAAUCCUUUCCGCAUGAAUGGGACAUUAAAAAUGCAUUUGUUUUUUCAACUUCAUUAGCAUCCUGUUGACUUCUAUGGUUUGAAUAUGGCUGGGAAUUAUUGGGGGCGAAAAGUGGCAAGGCUGAACAGAAGGAGAACAUAGACCUUUCAGGGGGUAUACCAAACAGUUUAUACUUCAUCCUCUAGAUCAGUGGUCUCCAAUUUUUCUGGCUCGGUGGACCAGCGGAGGCAUCAGUGGUUAUGGGGGAGAAAGCAGGAACGGUUUUGCGUGGACAAGAGCUCAUUUCACAAUGCAAGUUCACCCACAAACACUCCCCCACCAGUUCCAUGGCUGGGUUCCCAAUAGGCUACGGUCCAGCACCAAGCUAGAGAGCAGAGGUUGGGGGUCCCUGCUCUUGAUUGCAAUGAACCUCCCAGAGCAGAUCAUAAUUAAAUAAUUAAAUAGUAAAAAUAUAGGAUCAACAUCAUCAUACAAAGUUAUAAAUAAAAUAUUAGAAAAUAAAUGAAAGACAUGAAACAUGAACACUGGCUAAAAAGCUCAUUUAAUAGGCCUGGAUAAGAUUUAAGUCUCACUUGUUACUGAAAAAUGUCUCCAAAAUUAGCCCAAAGAUUAUUUCAUUUCAUCAGUGAAUAAUUGUUAGAUGUUUCCAGAGUUCAGAUUAAGAACUUUUGAGUGUGGUGAGUCACAUAAAGAUCUUAAAAGAGAUGCAUGUUUUUAUGAUCUGCUUAACAGUAAGUACAUUAUUUCUUCAUUGGUUUUAAUACACACAUGAACUGUAAGUUAUUGAAAGAGAAAUUCUAAUCAAAAUGAUCACAGAUAAAAGAAAAAGUACACAAACUGAGAACUUUCUCAUGAAUGCAUCUGAGCCAAAUAUGUAUCAUUUAGUACACAAUUUUCUAUUUUAGUCUUCCCCUUAUUGCACAUCUGCCAUUGCUAAAGUAGAACAGAUGUGUGUCAGCUCAUUAUUCCCAAAAUGAUGUCCUUCAAAGCUAUGGGUUAAGCCCCUUUGAAUAGAACUCAGUAGGAAAAUACAGUUUUCAAAGGAUUUCAUCAGGUAUUCUAAGCAUGGCAGUAACUUGAUACAUUUAAAUUGCUGACAAUUUUCAGGCUUACAAUCAGGAGGACACCCAGUUUUCAAAAAUUGAGGGGGAAUAGAUUGCUAACUCUGGUUCUAAGCCUAAUAUCUCAUACCUGUGAGAUCAUGCACUUUUCAAAAGGACCCCAUUUUUAAUUAUUUAUAAAAUUGUGCUUUCACUA